AUGGCCGAAGAUGAAAGUGUACCUGCGCCAGAAGUCGUCGCGUUGCCAAGCGAGAAAAAUGAGGAUGUCUCGAACGGGGAUGAAAUCGUUCGAUGGUCGGACGGCAUCGAGUACCGUCAAAUGGCUUUCGACAGCCACAUACCAGUCAUAACAGUGCAGCAACCAGGCUCAAUGAUUGACAUACCGCCAUGUCCCGAUCUCAGCCGGUAUCAAAGCCCCUACCAAUGGUCUGCCACACGGAAGAACCUCAUGACAUAUCUGGCUUGCUCAGUCAAUGGUGUCGCUGCCUACGCUUCCGGAUCGUACGCUUCGCCUGAAGACCAGCUUAGGCAAAAAUGGGGUGUUUCGCAUGCUGUUUUCAUGCUGGGCAUCACGGUAUUUACGAUUGGGUUUGGAGUUGCGCCCAUGAUUCUGGCACCAUUCUCAGAAAUCAAUGGCAGAAGACCCGUGUUCGUGUUGACAGGCAUACUGUUCGUUGCGAUGCAGGCGGCUUGUGCUCUGACGCCCACUUUCUCGGGUAUGCUCGUUUGCCGCUUCUUGAUGGGUGUGGGAGGCUCGACAUUCUCGACAAUGGUCGGAGGCAUUCUCGCGGACAUGUGGUCCAGCAAAGAACGAAACACCCCCAUGGUUCUGUUUACCGGUGCAACACUGUUCGGCACGGGAUUGGGACCCCUUGUUUCCGGCGUCAUCGCCCAGAGAUUGCUCUGGCGAUGGGUCUUCUACGUUCAGAUCAUUAGUUCCGGCCUCAUCGUUGGACUUGUGGCUGCUUUCUUCAGCGAGACCCGCGGCAGCACUAUCCUUGAGCAGAAGGCAAAGGCCAUCAAUCAAUGGUACGACAAGCUCGACGCCCUAGGCGUGUACCUACAAGACGACAGACCGACUUCCGAUUCGCAGCACCCUUACCACCGUAUCCGCUACACUACCAAUAACCCCAAGCCCUCCGUCUUCAAGAUGAUCGGCCACUCCCUCUACCGGCCCAUGCACAUGCUCGUCACAGAGCCCGUCGUCAUGUCCUUCAGCGCCUGGAUCUCCUUCGCCUGGGCCAUCCUCUACCUCCAAUUCGGCUCCGUGCCCCUCAUCUUCAGCACAAGCUACAAUUUCUCCCUCGAGCAGACCGGCUACGUCUUCACCUCGCAAUGCGUGGCGGCCAUUAUCUCGACCGUUCUCCAUAUACGUCAAGAGCCUUUCAUGCUGAAAUACUACCCUUCCAAGAUGACCACGCCCGAGGGCAGGCUACUGCCUACUUGCAUCAUGGCCACCUUCCUGCCCAUAUCCCUCUUCUGGCUCGGCUGGACCUGUUUCCCGUCGAUCCACUGGAUCCUGCCCACGAUUGCAGUCGGCAUCGCCACCAUGGGAAUUUUCUCCAUCUUCCUUGCCGUGUUCAACUAUACUGCUGACGCGUACGGGCCGUACACAUCCAGUGCUCUGGCCGCGUCUGGGGUGUGUCGAAACUUGCUGGGUGGGGCGUUCCCAUUGGUGGUUCACCCAUUAUACCUGAAUCUAGGAUUCCAAGCCGCGAGCAGUCUACUGGGCGCGGUGGCGGUGGUGUUGACGCUCGUGCCAGUCGUGCUGGUGUGGAAGGGGCCAAGGAUCAGGGAGCGGAGUCGGAUUGCGAAGGAGUUCGUGGGCAAGGAGGGCUGA